AUGGUUGACUCCCAAGUAAUAGAAAUGACAGGCAUCUCCAUUGAUAACUUCAUGGUGAGUUGUGGCUAGUUUGGCAUAGGCUCAGCUUCCACAGUGGGGCAACGGAAGGGUGAGGGUUGGGAUUUGAGACGUGUCAUUUGGGAAUCUUCCAAGUUGAAAUAUUACAAAUGGAAGUUGUGGGCUGAAAUCCUUCAGGGUGGGGGGCUUUGUGGAUUUGUGGAUCUUUGGGCUCUCUAGAGUAUCUCCCCUCUCAAAGAGGUCUGUGCAAGUCUAAAGAUGUAGUCUUAGCCCCGGAGAGGGAGUUCCAUCCUAAGGCUAGGAAAUGUUGCAGAGACGAAUGGGCACAUCAAGCUGUUUUAGCCAAAGCAACUUCUGGGGUGCUUCUGGAUUGUAACUCUUUUCAGGUGGGUUUCAUUCAUAUGUACUGUCAAGUUGAAGUUGUGCAAUUAUAUUUGAUGGGGAGGUUUUCCGCAGCAAAGACUCGGAAGCUGCUUGUGGUCCAUUCUUGAGUCUGUAGAUCGCUCCUUCCACGUAUCACUAAGAUGUCAGCAUGGCCACACAGAGGCAACUGACACGCAGUUGUCUAAUUUGGACUACCUCACUCUGUGCAAGUUGCGGCUGGGUGUGUGUAGAAUAGCAUGUGUGUGUAGGGGGGCUGGUGCUGAGUGAAGUCUAAAGAGGGUGCCAUGGCAAAGGGGAUAUGAGUCCCAGUAUGCAAAUGGGUUUCAGAAGAAGACACCUUUGAGAAGCUGAGAGCAGGAUCUGGGUGCUUUUCAUCAACAGGAGGAAGUUGCCUGCAAUGGUGGUUUGGCUGGUACUUCACAGAUUGGUGAGAUUUCCGCUGCAGGCAGGACAGCAUAACCACUGAGUCCCAUGGGAGAGAGAUCAAGAAAGCUGCUCCCCUGAUUCCCCCUAGAGAGAAAGAUGAAUUCUCAUUUCUCCCUCCCUCUCUCCGGCUGGUGAGCUGACACUUAAAAACGCAGUGCGUGGGUGUGGAGGCACAAAAGUCAUUCUUGCCCUGCUUCUCCAUUCAGCUCUUGCAGGACUGUACCACACUGUGAUGGCCUCCUGUCAAUCUUUUCUUUAAUGGCUCAAAGCACAUUUAACCUAAGUAGCAAAGCUCUAAAGGGUCUUGGGUUCAGCCUUCCAAAGAAUUGGAGGAGUUCAGGCUAAUUGAACAGAAGACCAUGCAAGUGUGUGUGUGUGUGUGUAUUGGCUCCACCUUCUAUUCAGCCUCCUUUGCUGCUGAGAAUCUUGGAGAAUAUGCUUUUAAGCCUGUGUUUAUUGUUGUAUUGUUAUGAGACGAAUUGUCAGAGAAUAUUUCAUAUUGUUAGCUAAUUUGAGAGCAACUGGCGAUAGGGAUGAGGGGGAAUUUGAUUCAGUUUGCAUUUAAAGGCAAAUUUAUCAAACUAGCACUUCCCAAAACAAUAUGAAAACUAAAACGCCACCAUCCUUUGAUAUUCACGCUUAUCCGCAUUUUGCAACAAAGUUCUCCAACUAAACAGUGCUUACAAAAAUGCAUAUACUGCAUAUACGGUAUUAGAGGAAAGUGUGCAUGAAUAUAAAUAAAUUGGUGAAAAUGAUAUACAAAAUGCAUUACGUUUGGGGUGAUUGCUUAAAAAAAGGUGUACAUUAGACAAAACUUUAUACAGAAAUGAGAGAAAUUUGCACUGAAAUGCCGAUGAAUUUUCAUGAGCUUUUGUUAUUGCAAAUUUCUGCAGAAAUGUGGAGAGAUAAAUUAAUAUUAUAGAAAAAUUAGAAAGUGAAAGAACCAAAUCUGACAGACCGCUCAAUCUCUACUUGGCAGAGAGGUAGGGUUAUAGUCUGAGAACUUUCUAAAAAUAAUCAAUCAGUUAACUGACCUUAACUGACCUUCAGAUCCAGAGAUCUUCUCUUAUUCUUAUGCCACAGUCGCUGCUAGGCUGAGCCAACAUAUGCUUGAACUGGGAUAACUUAUUCCUUGUAAAGGAAUAAGUUACAAGGAAUAAGUUACCCCAGUUCAGCUGGCUUUAUGUCUAUGGGAGCUCUGCAGUCUGCGCAGUUGCAACCACUUUGGCAUAUGAGGUUGAUGUGGUUUUUGAUCAGAGCUUCUAAAUGACUCUGAACAAAAAUUGCAGUGUUAAACAAAAGAAUAGUUUCAUUCAGACAAAACUAAAAUAAUCUGGAGUAUGUUUUGGGGUCAGGAGGUGAGCUCCCUCCCGUUAACACUUAUAGGGGUUGAAUUCUGAUUGCCUCUUUGUGUUUACGCUCCCUUUACUGUAUAUGUCAGGAAUGCAGUAGUUCACCCUUUCAAGUACUUGAAACAAUGUUGUUUUUAAAUCACAUUUCAGUCUUAAACUUGCCCCCCCAAUGGUGGCAUAAUCUGAUUAAACGUUUGUUCAGUACCUUUAAAUGUGGAGGGUGAGGAUUGCACACUUUAAAAAACUGUUCAAAGAGGAGAAAGAGAUGGCUUUGCUGCUUGGGACAAUCAAUGCCAUGAAAGCUGGACUUCUGCUGAGAAUGGGAUCCCCACAGGUCUGAUCUCGCCCAGAAGGCUGCGUGUCUGUUUUGUACUUCCAUGUGUAAACAAAACUGGACUGUUUAAGUCCAGAUCUUGUAGGCUAAAGAACAGCGCACUAGCUGCUCUUGGUCAUUCAAGUCUAAUGAAGCUAUAGAGCCAUUGUUAGAUAGGCGUAAUUCCUCUCAGGUCCAGAUAGCAAAACAAACAGCAAAGCAGCUUGUCAGCACCAGGAGACCAGAAAGUAUCAACCAAGUUGCUUCUCUGCAGCUGAAAACCGCAACAUCCUUUCUGAGAGAAAGUUUGUUCAAACCGAAUGAGAAAACUGAAGAAAUGGGUCAUUGUGAGCAGCGAGGAUGAUUGCUAUCUUGAGGGAGCAGCUUGGGCCUUAUUUAGAAGUAUUUGCAUCAGAUACGGGUCUAACAAAGGCAUCAAAUGAAUCUGCAAUCUGGCAGAUUGAAAGCUGUGACUGGCAGUUCCUUUUUUUUUUUUCACGAAUAUAUUUCUUUUAUGCACACUUUUACCCGAUACAUACAUUUAUGUAAACACUACUGGGUUGGAGAAUUGCGUUGCAAAAUUCAGAUAAGUAUGAAUUUCAAAAGGUGGCUACAUUUCAGUUAUCCUUUUUUUUUUUUAAAUGAUAUUUAUUAAAGUUUCAAAAAAUACAAAAAAUACAAAAUACAGAAAGAAAAAGAAUAAAGUUUUUAAAAAUAUAACCAAAAAAGUAAAAAAUAAAAAGGUCCUGGUUCAAAGAUGUCUCUUGAGUCUUUAGCAAAUAUGGGGUGGUGCUCAGCUAAAUUUUUACUCAGAGCAGACCCACUGAAAUUAAUAAACCUGUCAUAUUCAUGAAUUCCAAUAGGUCUACUCAGAGUAAAAAUGUAGUUGAAUACCACUUCCAGCUUUGGGGACUGAAUCAGCUUGGGUUGCCCUAUUGGAUGAUCUGGUAUUGAAUGAAGGACAGGGGAGGACAACCCUAUUAUUCGUUCUUGAUCUCUCAGUGUUUUUCGGUACCAUUGACCAUGGUAUCUUCCUAGACUGACCGUGUGGGGUGGGUACCAGAAGCUAUGAGGUUCCAAAACAAUGUGGCAACAAGAGGAAAUUAUGGACGCAUCAAGGAUGGAGUGCGGGAAGUCAAUUUUGGUGGAAAUUAUAUUAAAUUUUAGAGCUUAUAUCCAAUAAACUAAAAGUCCAAUAGUUCUGGGGGCUAUGUUUGUCACCUUUCCUGAGAAUUGGGAUGAUAAUACUCUGCUUCCAGUCCUCAGCGAAAGUGCCAGUAGUUUAUAUAAGAAAAUAAUUUUGCUAGGAGGGGAGACCACCACUCAGAAUUAUUCUUAAAGAACUCUGAAGAGAUUAUGUCCUCUCCAGUACUUUUGUCAGUCAUUAAGGCACCUAUAAGAUCACUUCUUGUUCUGAAACUGAGGGCCAUUCUGGUAACGUUAGCAGGUCCUAAUUAGCAGUUGGUCCAUUAGGACUGCUGUCACCAUCACGUUCAAAGAUUUUGUCUUUGGCAAAUGUACCCCCAAGUGAUGUUUUAUUCUGUUGGGAGCCGCCCACAGUAUUUGGGGAUAUAUUUUCAUGAGAAAAAUUCCUGGAAACCACAGCUACAAAAUAUGACAGCAACAGUACAAAGUCAGCCUAUGCUAUACUGAAGUUUUUCUAUUCUAAAGGCGGCAGGGUGGUAAUCCCAGCCCUAAAUAUUUAUCUUGGGAAAGUAGUAGCUCAGAUGCAGUGCGGUAUUGAGAUUUGGGGUAUGAAUCAUAAUACCCUGAAAGACCUGGAAGUGUGCCAGAAUAAGAUCCUAAAGUAUCUGCAGGCAAUACCUCCAGGUACCCCAGCUGCCUUCCUUAGGACAGAGACAGGCGUGGUGUCUGUACAGUGGUACCUCGGGUUACAUACGCUUCAGGUUACAUACACGUCAGGUUACAGACUCUGCUAACCCAGAAAUAGUACCUCGGGUUAAGAACUUUGCUUCAGGAUGAGAACAGAAAUUGUGCUCUGGCGGCGCGGCAGCAGCAGGAGGCCCCAUUAGCUAAAGUGGUGCUUCAGGUUAAGAACAGUUUCAGGCUAAGAUCGGACCUCCAGAACGAAUUAAGUACUUAACCCGAGGUACCAAUGUAAAAGCGGAGAUGGCUACUUUUUAGUACUAUAAAAGGGUCCUGGAUAUGACAGAGGACCUCUUGCCUAGACUCUGCCUGGAGGAAAAAUGGAAGAAGGGUGUUAGUACAAGAAGUUAGUACAAGACCUGCUAGCCUCAAAAAACCAGACAACAGAUAUUUUUGUAUUCCAUGGAGUUAAAAGACUGCUUAGGGAUUGGAUUUACGGUAUAAACAGGAUAACAAGGAAGACUUAACUCUAAUCCAUAUCUCAGAAUUCUCCCAUUGGUACUAUUUGCUGAAAUCUAACCACACCAGAGCUCAGUACUUGCAGUCAACUUACCUUGCCUCCCCAAGAACUGCAUUUACAGCUCUCAGUUUUCAAACAAUGCCUACAUCAGUCUUAGAUGGAAGUUAUAGAAGUGCUCCAAGGCAUUUAACUUUGUAUUUGUGGCGUAGGUGAGGUAGAAGAUCUCCCCUGUUAUAUACUCCAUUGUCAGAUCUAUCAAAACCCCAGACAGAGAUUUUUUUGGAGCAGAUGCUGGCACUGCAACAGGGACAGACCCUUGAAGUGAAAAUAUGUUGACUGUUACCUGACUGUGAUCCGCUUGUCACAUACAAAACAGACCUAUUUGCUAAAGCCGCUUAAAGUAUUCGUGUUAGCUACAGUAUAUAAAAGACAAUGCUGUAGGCUGUGCAGGCGAUUCAUUAAUUUGACUUAUUGUAAAUGGAUGUAUAUCUCUGGAUUUCUUUUAACAGGUUUUAAUUGACUUGCUGGAUCUGUAACUGAAUUUGUAAUGGCUUUUAGUCAAACACAAUACAUGACUGAUUGAUUGUAUUAAAUUUGUUUUAGUUUGUGGUGGGUUUUAUAAAAUUUGGAAAAUCAAUAAAAACAAUUUGGCAGAAACCAAGCAGCCUAAUAAUAAAAAUAAAAAUAAUUUAUUAUUUAUUAUUUAUAUCCCGCCCAUCUGACUGGGUUUCACCAGCCACUCUGGGCAGCUCCCAACAGAAUAUUAAAAGCAUGAUAAAACAUUAAACAUUAAAAACUUCCUUAAACAGGGUUGCCUUCAGAUGUCUUCUAAAAGUCAGAUAGUUGUUUAUUUCCUUGACAUCUGAUGGGAGGGCGUUCCACAGGGCGGGUGCCACUACCGAGAAGGCCCUCUGCCUGGUUCCUUGUAACCUCACUUCUCACAGGGAGGGAACCGCCAGAAAGCCCUCGGUGUCUGGGCAGAACAAUGGGGGUGGAGUCGUUCCUUAAGGUAUACUGCGCUGAGGCCGUUUAGGGCUUUAAAGUUCAGUGCCAACACUUUGAAUUGUGCUCGGAAAUGUACUGUGAGCCACUGUAGGUCUUCCAGGACCGGUGUUAUACGGUCUCGGUGGCUACUCCCAGUCACCAGUCCUGUUAGGAUUCAACCUAAAUCUGUUAGCCAGCAUCCAUCCUCCAACCACCUCCAGACCAUAGCUGUCAACUUUUCCCUUUUCUUGCGAGGAAUCCUAUUCAGAAUAAGGGAAUUCCCCUUAAAAAAUGGGAAACGUUGACACCUAUGCCUCCAGACACUCACACAGUCUUUCCAUGAAUGUUUCUCUGUCUUCAAGCAUUUUGGCAUGGAGGCAUCGCUGAAUAUCAGCGCAGCAGGGCCUGGGGAAAUAACAUUUCUAUCCCUGCCACAUCACCUGGUAAUGACUUUGUCUUGCUUUCUGUUCCACAGUUAGAUGAUUACAAUACGUCGGACUAUGCGGAACAACUCUCCAAUUACACCGACUACAUGUGCCCCACGAUGGAUGAGAGCACCACCCAACAAUUAAGGGCCUUCCUGGUCCCUUUUGUCUACAUGCUGAUCUUCUUGCUGGGGGGUGUCGGAAACCUGAUGGUGAUCGUGAUCCUGUGGUGCUACCGACGCUCCCGCAGCUCCACCGAGCUCUUCCUCUUCCACCUGGCCUUGGCGAACCUUUUGCUCGUGUUCACCUUCCCCUUUGGGGUUGUCCAGAACAUAGCCGGUUGGAUCUUUGGACCUUUCCUCUGCAAGGUGCUCAGCGCCACCAACAGAAUCAACUUCUACAGCAGCAGUCUGCUGCUGGGCUGCAUCAGCGUGGAGCGCUACCUGGCCGUGGUGCAUGCGCUGUGGGCCUUCCAGAAGCAGCGAGCCAUCUCUGUCCACCUGACAUGCCUGGGAGUUUGGGUCAUCUCUCUGCUGCUGACAUUGCCUGACCUGCUCUUCACAGAAGUCUGGCCGAGCAGGGACAACCAGCCCAGCAUCUGCCACUUCAGAGAAUACGGCAAACAUGGAAUCAACGCGUGGCUGGCCACACGCUUCCUGUAUCACAUCGUGGGCUUCUUCCUGCCCUCGCUGGUCAUGUGCUUCUGCUACAUAGCCAUUGUCAGGGUCCUGUGCCGCUCCCAGCGGCUGAAGCGGCAGAAAGUGGUUCGAGUAGCCAUUUUGGUCACCAGUGUCUUCUUGUUCUGCUGGACUCCAUACCACGUGGUGAUCUUCCUGGACACCCUCAACAAGCUAGCUACCGCCAACAACGGGUGUGCGGUUGAGCUGAACACGGCCAUAAUUCUGAGCGAGAUGGUUGCCUUCAGUCACUGCUGCCUCAACCCCAUCCUCUAUGCUUUUGUGGGCAUCCGGUUCCGUCACGACGCUUGCCGACUUCUGAACAGCCUGGGCUGCCUGAGCCAGAGCACCCUGCAGGACAUCCUGGGCACCUGCAGGAUGGAUAGCAGCACCGCAGAGACCAACAUAUCGCUCGUCAACCGCCACCCUUCCUCUCCAUCUUCCACAAAUCCCCUAACCACAUUCAAAGGCUCUCCUUCUUCUUCCUCUUGUCCCCAAGCCCCAGCUGACCAAAGGGCUCAGGGGGGAGAGUCUGGGGCUCAGCUUAGGCCAAGUCAGAAGCAAGUAUCGACAGACCAAAGACUGGAUGAGCAGAACCUCGCUUAG